AUGGCCGAGAAAAGCAGCACCAAAAAGCGCGAUUCCAGAGCCGGCAUGCGCAAAGUCACCUCGUUAACGGCCGAGCAGCUGGAGCGCAAGCGGGCCAACGACCGCGAGGCACAGCGCACCAUCCGCGCGCGCACCAAGGAGCACAUCGAGAGACUCGAGCACCAGGUCGCCGACUUGACGGCCAAGGGCCAGCAGGUCGACCGCGUGCUGGAGCGCAAUGCGGCGCUGGAAGCCGAGAUUGCGCACCUGCGGCAGCAGCUGGCCAUGAUGACGAGCAGGCAGCUCUAUCCGAGUAUAUAUGUAUACAUGUAUAGGCUGACAGGAACAGGCGAAGACGAACGCAGGUCGUCCACCAGCUCCAACCCAGCCAGUGUCAUUUCAUCGCCGUUCAACAGCCCUCCCAUGACAGACUCGCUGCCCCCAGGUCCAUCCAUGCCACCGCUGACACACCGCAUGUCGCUCCCACAGAGCGCAUGGCAUGCCUAUGUCUCGCCGCCGCCGCCGCCAUCUUCGACGAUUUCGUCCGUUAGCGGACCGGAUGCGGCUGGCGAGACGGUGCCAUACCAUCAUCCCCAGCAUGAGAUGGGCUAUAGCAACGAUGCAUAUCGCAAUCUGGCCUACCCGCCAUCCCGGGCACAUCCCCAGCAUAUGCCAGUGGCGACGCUGGGAUAUGACUCGAAUAUGCCCUCGCUGCAGGCAACGCACUUGCCAGUGCCGGGCCAUCUGCAGCAACAGCACCAACAACCGCAGCAUCCUCAUGCGUACGUCCAUUCGCCGCCGAGCCAGGCUCAUAUCGCGUAUCAAUGGGACUCGAGGGGGUGA